UUGUUCAAUAGGCGAGAAAAAAAAGGCGACGACGGACGGUGCGAAUGAAGCAGUGCUAGCGCGUUUGUGUUUUCCAAUCGGUGAAAAACUCCCCGUUUUUCGUUUAUUAUUUCCUACCAGCUCUGUUACCGAUUUGUGCUUUCACCUUGUGGUCCGUCGUCGCGGCGAAGUGAUUCUGUGAUAAUAUAUACGUCUAGUUUGUUGUGCGCUUGAUGCGUUUGGGAUGCGAAUGCUGUCUGUGUUCCCCCGGCAAUAGUGAGUAACUUCACUCUGUUCCCAUUAUCGUGUGACACCACCACGGUCAUGUUGUAGGCGAAGAGAACGAGCAGGCAGACGACACAAUACGGCCACCAAUUAGUCCGUUUGGCACAGUUUUCUCCAGUGUAUGCUUCCGGCUGCUUCUCGGGGUAGCAUCCGUAGUGUUCCGGUUCAGGUCCAGAAGGCGUUUUAUGUGUGUUGUUUUACUAGCUAUCGUUUCGAUAAGGCAGCUCCGCCCGUACGCGAGUGUGGGGUGAAAAUUCCGAAUGGGCAAUAAGUGGUGCAUCCCGCAAUAGAAAUCGCUCCACACAUAUGAUCGUGACCCGUGGAAAAAGCGCGGCGGCCCACAUAAAGUGUUAUUUUUAUUUUUCGCGUUAGGGUUCGGGGAGCUGUUUCUCCUUUGUACCCUGGUGGUGUGAUUGUGUUGUAUGUAAAAGAGCUUUAAAAAUAUUAGUUUGCACGUUUAAAUGGUUGCAAGUAAAUGAGUGGAAGGAUGUCGAAAAGCAAAACAGCGCAUCCAAAAAUCGACAGCGAUCGUGUAGAAAUUAAAUCGAAGUUUGAUGCUGAAUUCCGACGAUGGUCCGUAAAACGUUCCGAGCAGCAUUCCUUCGAAGAGUUUCAGUCGCUAAUCGAGCGGCUACAUAAGCUGGACCGCUCCCAGCUACUCGUUUCCUACAUCGAUCCGCGGGAUAACGAUUUGCUACCGAUCAACAAUGACGACAACUUUGGUAGAGCGCUCACAACGGCUCGGCCCUUGCUGCGCGUGAUAAUACAGAAGAAAGGUGACAGCAUCGAAGAGCGAACGGGUUACGGUACCAUUCGGCCCCGAAAUCUCAUCAGCAGCAUUCUUGGACAAACUCCCGUUAAACCGAAGGGUUUGGCGAUAUCUAAUCCGCACGAUUUUCGACAGGUAUCUGCUAUCAUCGAUGUAGACAUCGUUCCGGAUACAUGCCGACGUGUCCGUCUGCUGAAGCAUGGUAGUGAAAAGCCGUUGGGAUUUUACAUUCGCGAUGGCACAUCGGUGCGUGUAACGGCUAAUGGGUUGGAAAAGCUGCCCGGUAUCUUUAUCUCUCGACUCGUGCCCGGUGGUCUGGCCGAAAGUACAGGCCUGCUGGCGGUGAACGACGAGGUGCUGGAGGUAAACGGUAUCGAGGUGCUGGGCAAAACACUGGAUCAAGUGACGGACAUGAUGGUAGCGAACAGCUCGAACCUCAUCAUUACGGUCAAGCCCGCCAACCAGCGUACCCUAGCACCGCCCCGUCGCGGAUCGUUCUCGCGCAAUAGUCAGCUAUCCGGUGGAUCGCACCAGUCGCAACAUACCACGGGUUCGGACGAGAACGAUCAGGACGAUCAGGAUGAGGUGGUGGAUCUGAUCGAAGCAGUCACGCUAGAGGAGAGCAAUCUCAUCUCUCAGAAGGAUGGUGUGUUGCAUUUGUAAUAAGAAGUCACAACGAUCCGUGUACGGUAACAGCAACUAUUGCGAUAAUUAUCCCCAAAUUUGGCGCUUUCAAACGCGUGUUAUUAAUUGUCAGAAACGGAGGCCAGCAGCAUUAUUGGUUGUAUUGCCCUAUUCGUGAAGAUUGCAUUUUUUUUGGGUUCGUCAGAGCCUGACACUGUGCAACACGGUCACUUUGACGAACGUACAACUACUACAGAAAGUGCCUGGCAGUUACUUCCAACACGGAAGUCAAUUCCUUUUGUUGGAAUAUUAUUGAACGGUUGAGGAACAUUCAUACAACAGAGAAAAACUCACAUAAAUCGUUACUUAAUGCAACCUAAAAGACAUUCUAUUGAAACGACACACACACAUUCCAGUCCUAAAUCUAAAGUAAACGUACAGUUUUAUAUCUACACGCAAGGAAGGCCAGCAAGUCUGGAAAAUGUGAAUCUUUGGAUCCGUUGUGAUAGAGGUGUAAAAGAACAACCGCAUGAAGAAACAAAUUUUAACAGUAUAUUCAAAGUUAUAGUAUUCAAACCGUGCCUUUCUGUGUCGCCAGCAGAAAAAAAAAACGAUUCUUGGAUUAAGAAAGAGGAGAACCGAUAGAGGAAGCUCGAAAGUGGAGCGGGAUCAGGAAUAAACAAACAAGCACAUUACGAGAGCUUACAACUCAAUCAAAAAAGCAAUUUUGCUUUAAGGCAGCAAUGUGUACUUCAACAUCAAACUCUAAGACUUAACAGAAAGACAGUACUUAUAUGAACGAGAAAUGCAGCAAGAGAAACAUACAGAAUGGUGUGAGGAUAAGAGAUGAACCAUUGAUAGAACAUUUUCGAUCGUUUGUUGACGAAUGCGCAAAACAAAAACAACAAAACAACAAAACAUUUUGUUCAGACAGGGUAAUUGAUCUUUAAACAGCAACGUUAACGGAAGCAAUUAUACAGCAGAUUUAAAACGCUUGUCCUUACGCAGUGGUGGCCGAGGGUAGGGUAAAUAAACGCAAAAACAAAACCGAUUACAGCAGAGACAGCUACCGCGCACACAAGCCGGACGACCUUAUUAUCUAAAUACCAAAUACUUAAGAAGGCUGGAAAGUUAUACUUAAAAUACUUUGGAAACGUGCAUGCGAAAAAAAACGUUGAUGCAUACAUACAAACUUGACAGUCAAAACAAAAAAAAAAGUCUUUUUUCUACAAAAUGAAGAGCUCUGAACGAUAACGGUAACAGGAAGGCGACGGGUUACGGCUAGCGAAUGAAAAUUUGGAAAAGUCACGUACCCGGUAAGGGACGAACAAGUAAACACACGUAUGGAAUGCAAAUUUGGAGAUAAACCCAGAUAGCCGUUGACAGUUGAUAAACGAUAAAGGGCGUGCAGAAAGCAAAGGUGUGGUGCAAAACUUAAUAUAGCCGUUAUUACAUUUUUAUCUACCCAGCACGGUGGACAGACCGGGGGGCACGUUCAACUCGACUGUACCAAGCAAUUAUUUUCGCUGCUUUAGCGCCACCCCAUCCUUCUGUUCUGCAACAUAGCUCACGUCCUCUUUUCCUCUUUUCUAUAUGUAUGUGAACAUUAUUACACAGUAUUUUUUUUGUUUGUUAUUAUUCGCCUAGUUGUAGCAUAAAUAGAUAGUUGUGGUAGAGUCAGAGCGAGAAAGAGAAAAAGAGAGAGAAGGAGAGAGAUAGAAAGAACGUGCAACACAAAAUAAACACCACUUUUUCGGUAUUAAACACUAGCAUCGCCCAACUGGUUGCGACCUAUACUCAGUAGCAUAACUUAAAUAUACACCACAUUCCAAUUGGUUCACUAGACUACCGCGUCAUGUCACAGUUUCUAUCACGUGAUGGGCAUGUAUGAUGUAGAGAACAACAAAAAAAAUAAAAACAAACCCCAAUUGCCUUAGAAACGAGAAGCGUCCACUGUCGUUU